AUGGUCCAGUGCCGCCUGCAGGGCAACCUCGAAUUCGCUGCCGCCACGGGCAACGAUCCUCUAAUCCCCGUUCACCCUCUGCAGAUCCCUGUUGGCCUGGCGGUGCUGCUGGACCCACGACUGGCGGCUGAUCCCGUGUAUGGCGUGAGCGCCAUGUCUCUGGCAAUGGUCACAAUCAGCAGCGGCUACUUCACAUAUGACCUGGUGACAGUGCUACUGCGCUUUGAUGUUGAGGGAGCGCAGUUUUUGUUGCACGCACUGUGCUGCCUCUUUGUAUACGGCUACGCCGUGUUCUUCGGGACGCUGCACUGGUUUGGCGCUGCCUUCUUGAUGUGGGAGCUGAGCACGCCGUUUGUGCACAUUCGCUGGUUCCUGCACGCCAAGGGCCUUGGGAACACUGCGCUAUACCUUGCCAAUGGCCUCACCAUGGUUUUUGUGUUCUUCUGCUGCCGCAAUGUGUGGGGCACAUGGUGCAGCUACUACUUCUUCAAUGCGACCCAGAAAGAGCUGGACACCCCCCGCGAGGGCGGGUUCUCAUCGGCCGGCAUCUGGGGUUACCGCAUUGCCAACGUCUCUCUCAACGCGCUGAAUGCACUGUGGUUUUGGAAGAUGGCCUCAAAGGCGGCUCGCUUGCUUGCUGGCGGCAAGGAGGACACGCACAGCAAAAAGCGCGCACAUGAGCAGAGCACAGAGGGGGGGCAAGGCAAGAAGCAGCGGUAG